AUGGUAUGGCUGCUCAUAUGUGUGGCAUCUGGACUCUCGGCAUUAUGCUCGGUGGCCCUAGUGAAUAGAUACCUGUCUUUGAAGCUGCACAAGAACACAUUUCCGUUCACUUUAGCGCUACUUAUAGUGAACCUAUGGUUAUUACUUUCCAUCACUUAUCUACUCCCGUUGGACGUAUUUCUAGCAGCUGUAGCCCAGAAUCAAAACCCUGAGAAUGGAGACUCUUUUACACGCAGAGAAGGAGCCGAUGGGUUGAGCGGUUUACAGUCGAUGGACCGACCUACAAAUUUAGCAGGCGUCUGGUACGCAAUAUAUUGGACUGAAUUCGUGAUAUGCUGGUUCGUUAUGCCCGUUUUGAUGUCGUAUCUGGAUCUCAAGUAUCUGUUUCCCUACAUCGGAGAGACUGGCUGGACGGCGACGCAAGGAGCACGAAUUAAAAAGGCCUUGUUCACGAACAUCAAAUUUUAUGCGCUUUGUGGGAUCGCAUUCGUUAUCGGUGCUCUCUAUUUGUUCUUUGCAAUGCAUCGAGGCGCUAGCGAUCUCAAACCGCUUUUGAUUUCUUUGUCACAUCUCUACUCAUUGUCGUAUACACUGGUUUUGCUGGCAAUGGGGCUCAUUUUGCUUCCCAAAGCAUUUUUCCUGGGCAACAACAGCGAGAAUGCGAUGUUUGUGGAACUCAGUAAAAUCAAUGAUGAUCUCAAUGACGCUCGGCUUGCCUUGACAGACUAUGCGGAAAAAAUCUUAUCUCUCCCCGAAGUGCGAAACGGCGAUGUUGUACUGGGUCAGGCUCAGAACGAAUGUAAGAUUGAGGUACAAGGUUUGGUCAAUGAACUCAAAAUUACAAUCCCGCAAUUGUCACAAGGUGGAGGUCAACCGAAUGUGUCCUUGGAUAAAAUCAACAAAUUUUACAAUUUCUUUCUCACGGAGUACUACAAUUACCUCUACUACGAAGAUCAAUCGGAUGUGAUCAUUCAUAGACUAACGCACUCGCAGAACAAAUCUUUGCACGUUUCUAAAUCCAUUUUGAAUUUUUGUCUCGGUGGCCUUUGCGCUGCAAUGUCGCUAAUGGUCGCGCUUUUAGAACUCACACCCUCCAAGUAUGCACAUGCUUGGAUUUUCAAAGGUCACAGUUGGUGGAAUUUCCUAUUGGAAAUCUCAAUUUUGGUUUACAACACCAUUGCAUCACUUCACGCCAUGAGUUGUUUUAAAUUCCAAAAUUUCCAUAUAAUCCCAACGGGACACAGUAAUCCCAAGAAUUCGCUUUAUUUCUCGCUUUAUUCAAGUCGACUUCUUUUGCCUCUUUGUUUCAAUUUCAUGGCACUCCUCCCUGAGGCUAUGAAAGGGCAUGAAAGCAGUUUCGAAAGCGUCCUUUACAAAGAUUUGAAAUUGAUACCUCUGGUAGAUAUGCUCAACCGGUACCUGCCUAUAUUUUUCCUUGUAUUGGUCCCACUAAUAUAUUUCUUUGACCUGAAAAGAAAACUACUUGUUAGAGUUCUUGGCGAAGAUUUCUACUAUGAGCUUUUUGGCGCCCUUUAUGACCCAAUUACACCGUACGAUCAAGAAUCGCACGGUCGAAGCGACUUGGCACCCUCCACGACUCGUUCUCGGCACAGUGAAGAUUAUGAAUACUCUCUACAGGACGGAAGAUUUUUGUUUCAAAGAGCCACCAGCAAAUACGGAAUGCGGGAGGCUGAUAAUACCGAAGAGCACACAUACGUAUGA